CUCAUCCUCAUGCGCCACGGCGAGUCGGAGUGGAACAAGAAGAACCUGUUCACGGGCUGGGUCGACGUCGCGCUGACGCCCGACGGCGAGAAGGAGGGCGAGGGCGCGGGCGAGCUCCUCAAGGCCGCGGGCCUCGCGCCCGACAUGGCCUUCACGUCGGCGCUGCAGCGCGCGCAGCGCACGCUCCAGCUCGCGUCCAAGACCGCGGGCUUGUGCGAGAUGCCCGUCGCGUCGUCGUGGCGCCUCAACGAGCGCCACUACGGCUCGCUCCAGGGCCUCGACAAGGCCGAGACCGUGGAGAAGCACGGCAAGGACCAGGUCCAGGUCUGGCGCCGCUCCUACGACGUCCCGCCGCCGGACGUCGCCGGCGACAGCGAGCACCACCCGGCCAACGACGCCAAGUACUGCCACGUGCCGCCCGCGAAGCUGCCCGCGGCCGAGUCGCUCGAGAUGACGCGCGCGCGCGUGCUGCCCUACUGGAACGGCACGAUCAAGCCCGUCCUCGCGACGGGCGGCAAGACCGUGCUCGUCUGCGCCCACGGCAACUCGCUCCGCGCGCUCCUCAUGGAGCUCGACGGCGUCGACAAGGAGACGAUCCCGGGCAUCAACAUCCCCACGGGCACGCCCCUCGUCUACGACCUCGACGCGAGCCUCAAGGUCAUCCCCAAGGCCGGCGCCGUCGCGCCGCUCAACGGCGCCUACCUCGGCGACGCCGCGGAGGUCGCCGCCAAGGCCGCGGCCGUCGCCGCGCAG